UUAAUUAUAUUAUUUUCCGGAAGAAUCCUUCUAGAUCAUUCUUCAUUUAAUUUCGGAGGAUCGACUUUACUUUCUCCAUCAUCUGUCUUGGAUCGCUGUCCACCGUGGGACCCUCCUGACGCGUAGACAAGGUUUCCGGGAUCGCAUCCGCGUGUGAACGAACUCUCUCUCUUGGACGGCGCUUGCCGCUAUUGGGGGAGCCAUCCGCUUCCCCUGUCCUCCGAAUCCUACGGAGCCUGGACUUUAGAAAGGUACCCUCCACCCUUUACACACCUUCCCCACCCGGACAUCGUCGUCCCGGCCCUGGGCAGACGGCACAGGGACCGGUACAGAAAGUUUGUCGGUGUUGGAACGGGACGCUGCCUCCUCCCGGGACCUUCUCCGGACCGGCGCCCUUUGGAGACGCGUCCUGACGUUCAGCGCAGGAUUCGCAGCUCAUCAUCAUCAUCAUCAGACUUCACCAGGCCAUAGCCUUGGCUUCCCGGAGACCUCAGCGUGGUCACAGGGGUCCCCCUGUGCCCAGGGAAAUGUUUCAAGCUUUCCCCGGAGACUACGACUCCGGCUCCCGGUGUAGCUCCUCACCCUCCGCCGAGUCUCAGUAUCUGUCUUCGGUGGACUCCUUCGGCAGUCCACCCACCGCCGCCGCCUCCCAGGACUGCGCCGGUCUCGGGGAAAUGCCUGGCUCCUUCGUGCCCACGGUCACCGCGAUCACAACCAGCCAGGACCUCCAGUGGCUCGUGCAACCCACUCUCAUCUCUUCCAUGGCCCAGUCCCAGGGACAGCCAUUGUCCUCCCAGCCCCCAGCCGUUGACCCCUAUGACAUGCCAGGAACCAGCUACUCCACCCCAGGCCUGAGUGCUUACAGCGGUGGCGGAGCUAGCCGUACUGGUGGUGGUGGGCCUUCCACCAGUGCAUCCACCAGCGGCCCUGGGCCUGUGCGCCCAGCUCGAGCCCGGCCUCGGAGACCCCGCGAAGAGACGCUGACCCCCGAAGAAGAAGAGAAGCGAAGGGUACGACGGGAGCGGAACAAAUUGGCGGCUGCAAAAUGUAGGAACCGCAGGAGGGAGCUGACAGACCGACUCCAGGCGGAGACAGAUCAGCUGGAAGAAGAAAAAGCCGAGCUGGAGUCGGAGAUCGCCGAGCUUCAAAAGGAGAAGGAGCGCCUGGAGUUUGUGCUGGUGGCCCACAAACCGGGCUGCAAGAUCCCCUUCGAUGAGGGGCCCGGGCCAGGCCCGUUGGCGGAGGUGAGAGGUUUGCAGGGGUCCGCACCCGCUAAGGAAGACGGCUUCGGCUGGCUGCUGCCGCCCCCUCCACCACCACCGCCCCUGCCCUUCCAGACCAGCCAAGAUGCAAACCCCAACCUGACGGCUUCUCUCUUUACACACAGUGAAGUUCACGUCCUCGGCGACCCCUUCCCCGUUGUUAACCCUUCGUACACUUCCUCGUUUGUUCUCACCUGCCCGGAGCUCUCCGCCUUCGCCGGCGCCCCACGCACCAGCGGCACUGAUCAGCCGUCCGACCCCCUGAACUCGCCCUCCCUUCUCGCUCUGUGAACUUCUUAAGACAAACAAACCCGCAAGGGAGACAGACAUGAACGAGGAGGAGGAGGAGGAGGAGGAGAGGGGAAGAGAGACAAUGAGGGCGUGUUGACUCCCUUGACUCUUCUACGGGACCCCCCCCUCUGUCCAGCGCCCCCCCCCAAAAAAAAGACCCCUGCUGCUGCUGCUGCUGACCCACCGGACAGGACAGAUGGACCUCUGUGCGUUUUUGUGCUCCAUCUCUGGUGUCUGUAUACACCCCACCGUGACACCCCCACCUCCCAGGGUGAGGCCCAAGAGCUGGUGACUUUGGGGACAGAGGGGUGGAUGCAGAGAUGGACAGUCCUCCCCCAGGUGUCUGUUGGACCUGUCACUUUAAGUCCACCUUCUGGGGAUGAAUGGAUGGAGGGGUGGGUGGGCGGGAUGACGCCCCAUCUUUGGCGUUCUACCUGAGGCUGGAAAAGAAGGGAAUGUGGGAUUGCAGGGUGGGCUGAAGGGGAGGGACUGGUGCGUACCCCAGAGAGGCCCAACGAGGAAAUGGUGGCCCAUGGCUUCCCUCUUCUUAAUCCCCCUUGCCCACUGUGCAGGGCUGGGGGUGAGCAGCCUAGCUCCCCUCGACCUUAGCUGAUGAACGUUUUCCUUACAUAAGGUUGCGACAUUCCCCUGGGCAGAAUUGAGCCCCGACACCCCCAUGGAGGGAAGUCAAUCUAUCCACCUUGACAGUCAGCUCCCCCAGUCCCGGAUUGAUUCUGAAAUGUGAAUUCCUAUUCCCCGACUGUCCAGACCUUCCCUCCCAACGUGUUUUUGUUUUUGUUUUUUUUUUUUUUUGGGUGGGGGGACACUGUCCUGGAUUGGAUUUACUCACUUGUUAUACAGAACCCCUUGGGCUGUCCUCCUUGUUGGGCCUUUCUGGUUUGGGCAGCAGAGGGCGCUGCGACGCCGUCAUCUUGCUAGAGCGCUUUAUACUGUGAAUGAGCGGCCGGGUUGCGGGGAGGUGGGGUGCGCCGGGUGGACUCGAACCCCCGCUCCCCAAAGCCUUCCCUGGACCUCCUCUGCCCCUUCCUACCCUCAACAACGAGUCACUCUCAAAGGGGUGAUAGUGAUGGCAUCCGCGUGGCCUGUCUGCUCAGGACCCCAGCGCCCUAACCUGUUUUUUUUUUA